AGAUUACAUUUAACAGCAAGCUGAGACAGGUGCUGAGCACAGCAGGUGCAACAGAAUGACAGGUGUUUGGUCAACAGAAGAAGAUGCUCAGGGCCUGACAUCACUGCAGGGGAGGAGCAGUGGGUUUAGAAGGAGCUGACAGAAGGACUGCUACCAUGGCUGAUGGAAAGGGAUUCACCUGUCUUAUGGUCAUUCUCAUCCUGGGGAAUAUAUUUGGAGCUGCAGCAGGUCUUGCCCUUUGCGCUCUGGCCAUCUGGGUUGCAGUAGAUCAAUUCAAGCUCUACCCUAUAUCUGGUGUGUCGGGGAAAGAUGACAUCUUUGCCGGGGCCUGGAUUGCCAUUUUCACAGGCUUUGCCUUCUUCUGCAUGUGCGUCUUUGGUAUCUUGGCUGCUGCGAUGAAGAGCCGUGCCUUAAUGCUAACAUAUCUGAUCCUGAUGUUGAUCAUCUACAUAUUUGAGUGUGCCUCAUGUAUCACUGCAGUCACCCACAGAGACUAUCUGGUUGGAAACAGUAAUCUGGUGAAGAAGCAGAUGCUGAAGUACUAUGCAGCCGACGGUGACUCUGGCAGUCAGAUCACACUGACAUGGAACAAAGUGAUGAAAGAGGUGGAGUGUUGUGGAACGGAUGGCCCAGUGGACUGGAUAGAGUACAACUCCACCUUCAGGGAGAAGUUUGGUACAGACUACCCCUGGCCCACCCACUGCUGCAAGAGGAAGAACAACUACGAUGUGGUGAAUGUGGAGGCCUGCAAGAAUGGCCAGAACACCACCAUGUUCACUAAGGGCUGCUUCAACCACAUUGAGUCUGUGUUCAGUCGAUAUACAUGGGCUAUCAGCUGGUAUGGUUUCGCUGUGCUAAUGUUUAUGUUCUUGCUGUUGAUCCUGGCCAUGGUGUACUACCUGAUGCUGUGAGAAGUCUGGAGGUGAUGUCUCUAACCCAUGUUUUUGACUUUCUGCUGAAGCCACACCAACCCUCACUUCAGCAACUACAGUGCCUUGCAAAAGUAUUCACCCCCUUGGUGUUAUUUUGUUGCAUUACAACCUGUAAUUUAAUUUAAAUAGAUUUUUAUUUGGAUUUCUUGUAAUGGACAUACACAAUAUAGUCCAAAUUGGUGGAGUGAAAUUUAAAGAAUUACUUGUUUAAAAAAUGUAAAAGAAUUUAAAACGGAAAAGGGGCUCGUGCAUAUAUAUUCAACCUCUUUGCUAUGAAGCACCUAAAUAAGAUCUGGUGCAACCAAUUAUCUUCAUAAGUGACAUAAUUAGUUAAAUAAAGUCCACCUAUGUGCAAUCUAAGUGUCACAUGAUUGGUCACAUGAUCUCAGUAUAUAUACACCUGUUCUGAAAGGCCCCAGAGUCUGCAACACCACUAAGCGAAACCACCAAGCAAGCGGCACUAUGAAGAUCAAGGAGCUCUCCAAACAGGUCAGGGACAAAGUUGUGUAUAAGUACAGAUCAGGGUUGGGUUCUAAAGGAGGGCAUUAAUCAGAGAGGCAACAAAGAGACCAACGAUAACCCUGAAGGAGCUGCAAGCGGAGAUUGGAGUAUAUGUCCAUAGGACCACUUUAAGCCGUACACUCCACAGAGCUGGGCUUUACGGGAAAAGAUUGGCCAGAAAAAAAUAAGCAAACAGGUUUGGUGUUCGCCAAAUGGCAUGUGGGAUUCUCCCCAAACAUAUGGAAGAAGGUACUCUGGUCAGAUGAGACUAAAAUUGAGGUUUUUGGCCAUCAAGGAAAACACUAUGUCUGGUGCAAACCCAACACCUCUCAUCACCCUGAGAACACCAAAAACACCAUGUUUUCCAUCAGCAGGGACUGGGAAACUGGUCAGAAUUUAAGGAAUAAUGGAUGGUGCUAAAUAGAGGGAAAUUCUUGUUUCAGUCUUCCAGAGAGUUGAGACUGGGACAGAGGUUCACCUUCCAGGAGGACAAUGACCCUAAGCAUACUGCUAAACCAACACUCGAGUGGUUUAAGGGGAAACAUUUAAAUGUCUUGGAAUGGCCUAGUCAAAGCCCAGACCUCAAUCCAAUUGAGAAUCUGUGGUAUGACUUAAAAAUUGCUGUAUUCCAGCGGAACCCAUCCAACUUGAAGGAGCUGGAGCAGUUUUGCCUUGAAGAAUGGGCAAAAAUCCCAGUGGCUAGAUGUGCCAAGCACAGUUUUUUUGUUUUAUUUCUUGUAUGAUUCACGAUAAAAAAUAUUUUGCAUCUUCAAAAGGGUAGGCAUGUUGUGUAAAUCAAAUGAUACAAACCCCCCCAAAAAUCCACUUUAAUUCUGGGUUGUAAAGGCAAAAAAAAUGGAAAAAUGCCAAGGGGGGUGAAUACUUUCGCAAGCCACUGUACCUAAUUUCUUAAAUAACAAAUGUCUGUGGGAAUGAUGACAGAAAAGUGUUUCUGAUAUAUAGACAAUGAACACUGUAGGGAUUCUCCAUCUUUUUAGGUAAAUGGUCUCAAAUUUGUAUAUUUAUUUAUGUUUCCUUUAAUGGUUUAUUGCACUGUAAAUGCCAGAUGAACAAAUGGUGAUUGGCCUGAAAACUUCAAUGUCCUGACUGCUUUGGUAAUAGGAUAGAUAUAUAGUUCUUAUCCUUAAAGGUACAGUACCAGUCAAAAGUUCGGACACACCUACGCAUUCCAGGGUGAUUCUUUAUUUGGACUAUAAGCUACAUUGUAGAAUAAUAGUGAAGACAUCAAAACUAUGAAAUAACACAUAUGGAGUCGUGUAGAAUCUAAAAUAUAUUUGGAUUUGUUUAACAAAUUUGUUUAACUUUUUUGGUUACUACAUUACUCCAGGUGCUAUUUCAUAGUUUUGAUGUCUUCACUAUUAUUCUGCAAUGUAGAAAAUAGUAAAAAUAAAGAAAAACCCUUGAAUGAGUAGGUGUGUCCAAACUUUUGAUUGAUACUGUAAGAGAAAAUGUAUAUAAACCUUUCAAGAACAUGAUUUACAUGGCUGUUGUGCAUUUCAGAUUUGUAUACCAUGUUCCAUUUCUUGUUUAUUUGAGGUAAUUUUCAAAAUAUUUUCAAUAUUAUUGAUUUCCAUGUUGACUAUGCCAGGAAAUGCCCUUGUCCAGAGCAAACUCCCUGAAAGUGUCCCCCAAAAAAUUAUGGCAAAAAUGAAAUAACUUAAAGAAUCUCAUGUAGUUUCCUGACUUACAGUAUCUGAAAACUGUGAUUCCUAAAAAAAUGUGUCAGGAGUUUUGUUCAUCUCCAUCAGAUUUGUCUAUCUUUAUUAAAUGAAUCCGAAAUGAAUGAGCAGGGUCAGCUAUA